AGGCACAGAAGGUACGGCGGCGGCGCAGGGCGAGGAUGGCGGCGGAGCCGGGGACGGGUGAGGUGCGCCAGGAGCACCGCUUCGACCAGCGGGGCUUGGAGCGGUACCUGUGCAGCCACCUGCCCGGCUUCCCUCGGCAGCCCGCGGAGGCGCUCGCUGUCAGGCAGUACAGCUCAGGCCAGUCAAAUCCAACCUUUUAUCUUCAGAAGGGUGAAAAGGCUUAUGUGCUCAGGAAGAAGCCCCAUGGCCCCCUAUUACCUAGAGCUCACAAGGUUGAUAGAGAAUAUCGUGUGCAGAAAGCCUUAUUUUCAGCUGGAUUUCCAGUGCCUGAACCACUGUUUUAUUGCAGUGAUGUUUCUAUCAUUGGAACAGAGUUUUACGUAAUGCAGCAUGUGCAGGGUCGCAUCUUCCGAGACGUGUCCCUGCCUGAGGUGGGCCCAGCAGAGCGUUCUGCUUUGUAUAUUGCAAUGAUAGAAACUUUGGCCCUCUUGCACUCCUUUGAUUUACAGUCAUUGGGUCUCCAAGGAUAUGGGAGAGGACCAGGAUACUGCAGGAGACAGGUAUCAACUUGGAAAAGACAGUAUGAUGCAGCUGCUCAUACCGAUAUUCCUGCCAUGAACAAACUGGCUGAGUGGUUAGCAAACAACUUGCCACCGGAUGAUAAUGAAGAAAGCCUGAUUCAUGGGGACUUUAGAAUAGAUAACAUCAUCUUCCACCCAACAGAGGCUCGUGUUUUGGCAGUGCUGGACUGGGAACUUUCAACUGCUGGUCAUCCUCUAGCAGAUUUAGCAUAUGCCACUCUGUUCUACUUUUGGCCUGCGUCUGUUAAAGACUUAGGUCAAGGAACUAUCUUGGGUUUCAAAGACACUGUAGAAACCCCCUCAUUUGAAGAACUGGUUUCCAUUUACUGCCGCUGCCGGGGUAUCAGCACUACUUUAGCUGACUUUAACUUUUUUCUUGCUUUGUCAUACUUCAAGAUGGCAGCAAUAUCCCAGGGCAUAUAUGCUAGAUAUCUCCUGGGAAAUGCUGCUGCAGAGAAUAGUCAUGAAUUUGCUAAGAUUGUGAAGCCUUUGGCAGAGAAAGGGUUAGAGCUCUCAGAAAGGUCAUCUUUCAGCAGCACACGUGACAGCAUCUCUGGAGAGCUGUUCCGUCAAAGCAGGAAAGGCCAAGACAUGUUGCUGAAGGUGAAGCAGUUCAUGCAGCAGCACAUAUACCCAGCUGAGAAGGAAAUAAUAGCAUACUAUGCUGGACAUGGAAGUACUGAGCUAAAAUGGAAGAAACCACCACUGCUUGAGAAACUGAAGGAAAUGGCCAAAGCAGAAGGUCUGUGGAACCUUUUUCUCCCAGAUGUCAGUGGUCUCAGCCAGCUUGACUACGCGCUAAUAGCUGAGGAGACUGGGAAAUGCUUCUUUGCUCCUGAGGUUUUCAAUUGUCAUGCUCCAGACUCUGGGAACAUGGAGGUCCUGCACAUGUAUGGGACGGAAGAGCAAAAGAAAGAGUGGCUGGAGCCUCUCCUAGAAGGGAGGAUUAGUUCUUGCUUCUGCAUGACAGAACCUGAUGUGGCUUCAAGUGAUGCCACCAAUAUGCAGUGCAGCAUUGAACGAGAUGGAAACAGUUAUGUGAUAAAUGGCAAGAAGUGGUGGAGCAGUGGUGCUGGGAACCCAAACUGCAAAGUGGCAAUUGUAAUGGGCAAAACCAGAAACUCCUCAGCAUCCAGGUACAAGCAGCACAGUAUGAUUAUUGUUCCCAUGGACACUCCAGGGCUGAAGCUGAUAAGACCCCUCUCGGUGUUUGGCUACCUGGAUGAGAUCCACGGAGGACAUUUUGAGAUCCACUUUAAUGAUGUGCGAGUCCCUAUCUCCAAUAUAAUACUGGGUGAGGGCAGGGGGUUUGAGAUCGCUCAGGGUCGGCUGGGGCCUGGCCGAAUCCACCACUGCAUGAGGUCCCUUGGCGCAGCUGAAACCGCUCUGCAGCUCAUGUGCCAGCGUGCGGCGCAGAGGGAGACCUUCGGGAAGAAACUCUAUCACCACGAGGUUGUUGCGCAUUGGAUUGCUGAAUGUCGCCUCGGGAUAGAACAGGCUCGGCUGCUCAUGCUGAAAACAGCCUGCAAGAUCGAUGCACUGGGCAACAGAAAAGCAAGGAAAGAGGUAGCCAUGACCAAAGUGGUUGUCCCUCGAGCCGUGCUUAAAGUGAUUGACUGUGCAAUCCAAGUGUGUGGGGGAGCAGGAGUUUCCCAGGAUUUUCCUUUGGCUUUUAUGUUUGCCUACAUCCGGACCUUGCGCCUGGCAGACGGGCCCGACGAGGUUCAUCUCUCGACCAUCGCAAGGUGGGAACUGCUUGAGCAGUCCAAGAAGCUAACAGCAAAAAUCUAACGUCAGCACAAAGCACCUUGCAGGCAGGAAGGACUCUGGAAGGAUGUUGUUCAGUGCAGUAGUGUUGUUUAAGGUAAAACUGAAUACAACCACCUUAUAGAAUCAUAGAAUGGAUUGGGUUGGAAAGGACCUUAAGAACAUCCAGUCCAUACCCCCUGCCAUGGGCAGGGAUGCCUUGAAACAAUACACAUUCUCUCACUCUUUACUUGCAUUUUACACUUUAAUCAGGGGCUUGCUUUUAAAACCUUGCAGAGUGCCUUGUAAAUACCAGAGUGUGGCUGAGUUUUCUAACACUAAAUCUAUUUUCUAACAGCCCUAAAGUUUCUUCUUUGCUCUGACCCAAAGCCUUCUUUAUCCCUUUAGUGUAGGCAAAGCAGUUUUAACUCAACAGUUCCACCCCAGGUAGUUUAUUGCAAGCUGGGUAAUGGCCAGGAGCCCUGUUUAGCUGUACUCAAGUUCAAGGCUCUGAUCGCUCUUGUUUCUCACACCUUCAAAGAACAGCUUCAUAAGGCCACCACCUUUUCUCUCAUUAACAAGGCUCUUAAUUCCCUUUAUUUUAAAAUUUUCUGUACAUAUGAAUGAUCUGUAUAAUGUACACUCAAUAUAGAAAGUUUUUAUAUACUGGAUAAUGUAUAGAACAUUUCACAAUUACACUAAUUUCUUACAUAACGUCAA